GUUCAGCCGCUUUCAGCACAUUUAAUAUGAUGAACUUUCAGUUGGCAUAAAUAAAGAUUCCUUUCCCUUAUAAUUUGGUCAUGGAAAUGGCUUCCACUGCUCGAACCGUUGAGGAGAUCUUCAAAGAUUACUCUGCUCGAAGAACCGCCAUUGUUCGUGCUUUAACUCACGAUGUGGAUGACUUUUAUGGACUCUGUGAUCCAGAUAAAGAAAAUUUAUGCCUUUAUGGACAUCCGAAUGAAAGCUGGGAAGUUACUCUGCCAGCGGAGGAAGUUCCACCGGAGCUUCCUGAGCCGGCACUUGGUAUUAAUUUUGCAAGAGAUGGAAUGAACCGGAAAGAUUGGUUGUCCUUGGUUGCAGUGCAUAGUGAUUCGUGGUUGGUUUCUGUGGCUUUCUAUCUUGGUGCACGUCUUAACCGCAAUGAAAGGAAACGUCUAUUUAGCAUGAUUAACGAUCUUCCCACAGUCUUUGAGGUUGUAACUGAAAGGAAGCCUGUUAAAGACAAAUCAAGCCUGGAUAGUGCGAGCAAGUCUGGGGGCAACACAAAGAGAUCAAGUGAUGGAGCAGUGAAAAGCAAUCCUAAGCUUGUGGAUGAGACUUUCGAGGAUGAUGAAGAUGAACACUGUGAAACACUAUGUGGCAGCUGUGGUGGGAAUUACAAUGCAGAUGAGUUUUGGAUCGGCUGUGAUGUUUGUGAGAGGUGGUUCCAUGGAAAGUGCGUUAAGAUAACACCUGCUAAAGCUGAGAGCAUUAAGCAGUACAAAUGCCCAUCUUGCGGCCUGAAGAGGGGCAGGCAGUGAUAGUCACUAAAAUGAUGACAAGAGGACAGACAUUUCAAUGGCUGACAAAGCAGUAUAACAAUAUUCCUAUGUUUGGUAAUGUAAUGAUGUUUGUCGACAAAACGUCUGUUUAUAAUAGAUGCUUAGAACUGGAUGGAAGUUCUGUUUCCUCGCUGAUAUGUUAGAAUUUGUUAUGAAAAAUUCGUCGGUAAAAUUUGCAUAGGUCUGUUACUCUGUCUUUUCCUCCUCCCUCAAGGUAAGGGAUCAUAACUUAACUAAAUAGUCAAUAACUGAUAUUCCCAAAUGGUACGAGUUAAUGAAAAAUUAGAUGAUGCAAGGAUUGCCGAUGCUGAAGUGAAAGAUGCCAGGUGAAGGACGGAGUUAGCCCAAAACGGGGUCUAUUUUAAAAUUUGGGAGAACUUUACAUGUGUUGGGUCAUAUAGUGAAGCCCAUUUUCUUAUGGGUUGUGGGGGGAAUGAACUAAGGUUGGUAGUCAUGUUAUAGUAAAAUAGUUUUUUUUUUGUUUGAUCUGGACCUUGGUGUCGAAGAUCCUAGCCCAAAGAG